AUGGCCGCUGCGGAGCGCGGCGCAGUGGAUUUGGGCCUACCUUUCUCCUCAGUCCCUGACGCCUCUCUUUCUCUCUCUCUGUCUCCUUCUCUCCCGCACAGCCUCCCGGGAGACGGCCUGCUGGCGGUGGCGCUGCUCCUCUACGCUCCCGUGGGGCUCUGCCUGCUCCUCCUGCGCCUCUUCGUCGGACUCCACGUCUUCCUCGUCAGCUGCGCCCUCCCCGACAGCGCCCCCAGGAGGUUCGUGGUACGGGCGAUGUGCGCUGUGCUGGGCCUCCUGGUGCGUCAGAGCAGCCCCCGUCGGCCUCCCUCUCGCCUCCGCCUCCUGGUCGCCAACCACAUCACCCCCUUUGACCACAACGUCCUUGGCCUCCUCCUCUCCUGUGGUGCUCCUGUCCUGAACGGUGCCUCUGGCUUCCUGUGUUGGUCCCGGGGCUUCCUGGAGGUGGGGCCGACGGACAGCAGGGCAGAGCUGCUGGAGUCGCUCAAGGCCUACUCCUCCCAGGGGGGGAACCCUCCACUGCUGCUCUUCCCCGAAGAGACAACCACCAACGGCCGCGUCGGUCUCCUGCGCUUCAGCACAUGGCCCUUCUCCAUCUCAGAUACCGUCCAGCCAGUGGCACUGCAAGUCCAGAGACCAUUUGUUACUGUGAGUGUGGCUGGUGCCUCCUGGGUGACUGAGCUGCUCUGGACGUUCUUUGUACCCUUCACUGUUUAUCAAGUAAGGUGGCUCCCAUCAGUCUGCAGACAAGCUGAAGAAACACGUGAGGAGUUUGCCUUGCGAGUUCAGGAGCUCCUGGCCUUGGAGCUGGGCCUUGUCUCUACUCGGCUCACUGUGGCUGACAAAGCGGAGUACCUGAAGCGCCUGCGCCACAGCCCCCGCAACUCCUACAGCUCCCCAGCCCCAAACCAGCCUGCAGUGGCCCGGCCCCGAGCGCCUCCCAUCGUGACCUCUGCAGAGGAUGUGCGUUUGAUGGAACUGGCCCAGCGCGUCAAGGAGGUCCUGCCCCACGUGCCCCUGGCCGUCAUCUGCAAGGACUUGGCCCAGACGAACUGCGUGGACGCCACCAUCGCCAACCUCCUGGAGGGGCGGGUUCCCUUCACACCCAGCGAGGAGGGAGAGGUGGCGACGGCAGAGUCCUCCCUCCUGGCUCCCUCUGGCUCCGGUGCCCACUGCCCACCCGCCUCUCCCCCAGCUACGCCGUCCGCCGCAGUCUUUGCCCGGUCCCCGGAAGCACGGCACCUCUCCCUGCAGGAGCGCAAGCGGGUCCUUUAUGACUACGCCAGGAGGAGAUUCACGGAAAGACACGGGACGAUGGCACAGAGAGAGGGCAGCCGCUGAUCAGCCAGGACAGCCCACUCUGUCACCUGGACUUUUGAGUCGACCAGCGACUUCGGAUCUUUGUUUGCCUGCGAGAGAAGCGGGCAGCUGGCCCUGGCCGACGGGACUGCCUCUGCCUGGGCUGUGCUUGCAGUUGUGCAGUGGGCCCUGAGCAGCCUUGGAGCAGCGCGAACCCUGCCUGGCUCUUCGGGGCAAAGAACGCAGGGGCCCGGCCUGGCUGCCCCUCUCCUCGCCCAAGCUGUUUGGUCUGGGAUGCGGCCAGGACAAAAGGCAGGCCUUCCUCCCUGUGGGGCAGCCAGGAGGCCUGCAAAGGGAGAGGGAGGGGGAGCUUUCACUGUCCAAAUAAACCUUACUUUGAUUCUCA